AACCAUCAGGCAGCCCCCAUCGCCACUUCACUUUUUCUGUUAUCUUUGCGGUUGUUUGCCGCUGUUAGAAGCUCACAAUGACUGACGCUCUUUCCGUCGAGCAAAAUAACAAAAUCCGUGUGGCACUCGGCCUCAAACCCCUCCCUGUUCCCGGUGCCGCAGACGACGGUCUCGCUUUCAAAGAAUCCAAAGAUGACGAUUCGAGCUCGGAUUCCGAAGAAGAAGAUCCCGGUAGCACGUUAGAAUCACGACAGGCGCAGGCCGGCGACAACUGGAAGAAACUCCAGGAUGAGGCCGAUGCGAAGAAGAGGCGGGAGGCGAAAACGGCUGCCAUUAAGAGGGCGCGUGACGAGGCCCAACGAAAUGCAAAGCUACAAGGAACGACAUUGGGCGAGUCCGCUGAUAUGGAAGUCGACACAAAGACUUGGUUAAUGGGAGCAAAGAAACGUCAGAAGAAAAUUGACAAAGAGCGCGCGCGCAAACUCGCAGAGGAGUUGGAGGAACGGGAGCGCGAGGUGGAAUAUUCCGCGGCUGAUUUGGCUGGUGUCAAGGUUGGACACGAAGUUGGUGACUUUGAGGGUGGAGAUGAACAUGUUCUCACUCUCAAAGACACCACGGUUGACGAAAACGAGGAGGAGGGUGACGAGUUGGAGAAUCUCGAUCUGAGAGAGAAGGAAAAGGUCGCGGAGAGGCUGGAAUUGAAAAAGGGAAGACCUGUCUACGAUCCUACGGAGGAAAACACCGGCAUUCUAGCACAGUACGAUGACGAGAUCGACGGCAAGAAACGGAAACGAUUCACCCUCGAUGCUCAAGGAUCGACGGCCGAGGAGCGAGAAGCCAAACGACAAGAAGUUUCGGAGAAACUCAAGAAGAAUGUCGUCAAUCUUGACCUCGGUGUCACUGAAACACCUGUAUCCGAUUACAUGGACGUGAGCGAAAUUAAGAUCAAGAAACCCAAGAAGAAGAAGGCCAAGGCAACAAAGCAACGAGCCGUUAUUGACGAGGAUGAAAUAUUCCCUACGACUGAAUCAUCAAAUACUCCCAACGGAAACUCGAUGGAAAUUGACACGAGCAACGGAGAACCGGUGCCGGCGCCGGCUCCCCGAAAAAAGUGGGAAAGUGAAAAUGUAUCAUUCGUCGAUGAUGAUGAUUUACAGGCCUCUCUCACACGGCAGCGACGUGCUGCCUUUAAGAAACGGCAAAAAGUCCGUCCCGAAGAUCUCGCCCGACAGCUUCGAGAAGAAGAGUCGCAGACCCCGAUGGAAGUGGAAACCGCAGAGGGCAAUGAAGACGAACCCGGACUGGUCAUUGACGAGACUUCGGAGUUUGUUUCCAACUUGCAGAAACCCACUCUCCCCGAGCGCCGCGAAAGACAACCUACUACGCCCGCUGAAGAAUCACAUGCUGAUGAACCUACGGUUGAGGAAGCGCUUGCAGACGGUGCCGAUGUUGAAAUGGGAGCAUACAGUGGCGUUGAAGACGAGGAGGAACUGAAAGAACGCAUCAAGCGGGACCAGUCCCAACCAGAACAGCAGAUCAGUGGCACUGGUUUGGAGGAAGAAGCUACACUGGACCAAGGUCUUGGUGCUACCCUGUCAAUGCUCAAGCAGCGUGGCUUGGUGAAAUCCUCCGACGGUGCCGAAAGCAACUCGCUACUGCGAGACCGACAACGCUUCCUUCAUGGCAAGAUGACUAUGGAGAGCGAGGCUGAGAGGCGUGCUCGUCAGCAGCGUGAGCGUGACCGAGCAUCUGGUAAGCUCGACCGGAUGUCCGCACGGGAGCGUGAAGAGUAUGCUCGCUGGGAGAACAAGCAGCGUGACCAGCAGGAUGCGCGACAGAUGGCCGACGUGUUCAACAAGGAGUACAAGCCUGAUGUGCAGCUCAAGUACGUGGAUGAGUUUGGCCGCAUGAUGAACCAGAAGGAAGCAUUCAAGCACCUGAGUCACCAGUUCCACGGCAAGGGCAGCGGCAAGAUGAAGACGGAGAAGCGAUUGAAGAAGAUCGAGGAGGAGAAGAAACGCGAGGCCAUGAGUGCACUGGACAGCAGUCAGCAUACAGGCAUGAACAAUGCGAUGGGGGCGCAGGCUCGAAAGAACCGCCAGGCCGGAGUGCGACUUGGAUGAAGAGAAAAAGGGGUAAUCUUCUUACGUUACUUAUUAGCCAUGAGUGUAUAGUUAUACCAUUAGAAU